AGAGGGAGGGAGGGAAAAGAGAAGAGAAUCGGCACGAGUAUAGCGACGAAGUGAGGAGAAGCAAAGUGCCGCUUCGCGCGUUCGAACGAGCUACGGACUUUGCUACGCUAUUGAACUUCGUUGAUCGUAACAAUCGAUGUUGCUUUUCGUUCACAUUUAACCGAGUUGUGCUCUGCGCGUUUAACAAGUUUCUUCGAGAUUUACGCUUUCUUUUUUGCCUUCGCCUUCGCCUUCGCCUUCGAUUCGUCGACGAGCAGCGACACUCUUGGACUUUUUCAUUCGUCGGACUACUUUUCUCUUGUUUUCUCUUUCUUGCGGCACGUUGACGGUAUAAAGUUGCGCACGAACGAACGAGGAGCUACUACGCGAGACAGAUCUCGAGUUCAAAAAGAGACAUUAUACGACCGCUGCGACCAUUAUUCAACGACCUUGUUUCUUGUGCUUGUCUUUAUGCAGGCUUAAAGGAUACGUUAUCAUGAAGAGAAUAGAAAAAAUUUUAACUUCGUUGUUCGCGCGAGAAUGAUCCGAUGCAAGCGCGCGAAUCCGCACGAGUGAGGGACGGUAAAAGGGAGAUAGAUCGAGAAAGAGAGAGAGAAAGCGAUAGGGGUGGGGGGGGAAAGGUCGAAGCGCGAAUACGCGUGCGGCCGGACAAAAAACGCGCGUAGAGCUCUGAACCUAAAGAUAAUACGCGGAAGCCGACGAGAUCAAGUAGCUCUCUGUAACCCUUGAUAUCGCUAAGUGAUAUAAGAAAAUAACUUUUACAGAGGUGUAAAAGAAGACGUGCACGUUGUCGUUGCCUUCAAGAAGACGAACGUGUGUGGUAAAGAAAGUGUAAGAUAGAGCGAGUAAACGAGGAAGGAAAAGUAAAGUAGAGAGAGAGAGAGAGAGAGAGAGAGAGAGAGAGAGAGAGAGAGAGAGAGAGAGAGAGAGAGAGAGAGAGAGAGAGCAAAGGGUGGUAACAGCGCUACGUGAAAGGAUGCAGCAGCACCGGGUGGAAACACAGAUCCGUCACGAGGAGCAGAUCCUGGAGGCGAUAGAUCAGUUGCGCCGACGUAAGGCGCGUCCCGAUGCCGAUCGUAUUUGUAACUACCUGCUUCGAAAGUUUUCGGUAGAUGUGCGAGAUACGAUUGCCGAUCUUCAUCGCUUAAUCGAGGCUGAGAAGGUUAUACAAGUUGAUUACAAAGGUAAUACAAGCUAUAGAAACGCGUCCAAGUGGUCGCGUUUACAACUUUACAAAAAUCGACCGGAAGGCUUCGUAAAGGAGAAACUGAAUUCGGGGAUGGUGGCUGGCGCGGUUGCCGAGCUCGUCGUCGAGGAACCGGAUUACCUUGAUCAAGGCGUGCCGGCUUAUAGAUUGGUCGAGCAGCUGCUCGAUGGUGUUUCGAAUCCUACCUCUAGGCGUAUGGUCGAGGAUUUCCUCGGGAAGGAAGUUGCGAGUGGUAAUUUAACACGUCUCUCUAACGGCAAUUAUUCGCUGGUGGCGACAUCCGACAUGACGACUGCAACCGAAUCGACGCAUCGUGAGACCUUCACCCUUGAGAAUAUAGAAAAUGGUAACAUUAGGCGUAAGGACUCACAAACGGUUUCCUCGACCACUAGUGGCCCUUAUGAUUUCGAUGAGACGGAGAAUUUGACGAUCGCCGAUUCGGCUUCAAAUACACCAAGGUCUUCGCGUCAAGCGAGUCCGAAGCCAGAAGCGUCGACCAAAAAGGAAGAAUGUUUCGAUAUUCUCCUUACCAAAAAUCAAGAUCGUACCGAAGAAACUUCUCUCGAUGGCGAUCGAACGAAGGAGUCCGAGGAUCCACUAGUUAGUGUCGACGAACGUAAGGACGACGCCAAAAGUACGGACAAUCAGUGCCAUAACCUCAAAAGAUCCUCCAAAUCAGAACGUAAGCAACGCCUACUCGUCAGGACAGAUGAUCCUAUGGACAUAGAGAUCAAGUUCGAAGAGUUUCGCAAAGACAAUAAAGAGGAAUCUUCCACACAAAAAGAAAAGAGGGAGGACAACGAACAUUUUAGCGAAGAUCGCGACGACGAAGAUGCUGGUAGGAGUUCUACGAACCCUUCCCCUACACCAUCCAAUGUCAAUGUAGGUGGUUUCCGUAGUGCUCGUAGAAAGACCAUUUUCCAGAGAGCAAAAAAAGUCUUCGACCCAUCUGAUAACAACCUUGUAAGGCGAAAACGUGGUAGACAAUCUGGUACUCAAAAUAAAACUGCUACAAUUCAAGAGCCUCAGGAAACUGUUAAACCACAAAUUAAAGAUGGGCCUUGUAGACAAUGUAGUCUUUGCGCUAAAGAAAAACAAGAAGCAUUAGUUGCCUGUCGAGAUUGUACAGUAAGAGCCCAUCCAAGUUGCAUUUACAGUCCAGAAGAAAUAAUUCAUAAAGCUGGUAGUAAUUGGCAAUGUGAACGUUGUAAGACUUGUACCAUCUGUUGUGAAACUUCAGAUGCCGGACCACUAAUUACUUGUUACUCCUGCGAUGAAGCAUAUCAUCAUUGUUGCCAUUCACCACGUGUUAUAAAUCCAAAAUCAAAUUUAAGGUGGCAGUGUAACGACUGCAUUCAAAAACAACAGAAAACGAACAACAAUCAAACUGUCACCCUUGUUUCUACACGACCUGAUACUCCAUCAAGUACACCUGUAUUACCGCCUGUUUUAAGUCCACAAGUGUCGCCUGCUCGCGCAUCUUCUGAUCAAAUGGAAGACGAUGUUACUAAAGAUGGAAUUGAUCCAAAUAUCCCUGACGCUUCAGAUUGGACAUCUGAACAAGUAUAUCAAUAUUUUGCCAGAUUAUUUCCUAAAGAAGCAGAAGUAUUUAGACAACAAGAUAUAGAUGGUCAUUCUCUUUUAUUGAUGAAAAGGUCGGACGUAUUAAGUGGACUUGACUUGCUCUUAGGCCCAGCACUAAAAAUUUAUAGACAUGUUUUAAAACUUCAAGUUAGACGGGAUGAUCCGAAGCUUUAUUGGUUGUAAAUUUAUUUUAAUAUUUUAAGAAAAAUAUUAUCUAUAGGGAAAAUGUUAAUGCUCACUAUAUGUUGUACAGAUCAAUUUUCUUAACUUUACACAUUCUAUGUUAAUAUCUUUUUCAAUUCUAUAUAUUUUUUCAUAUUAUGCAUAUUGUGAUAAUCGGAAUUGGAAAAGUGAUAACGUCUGAAAACUGAAAAAAUUUAGUACAUAAUAUAGAGAUUAUUUAUAUAAUUAGAGCGGAAAAACAGUUGUAUUUCUUACACUGUAGCAUCUCUGUUUAAAAGAUGUUUACAUCGUAAGUUGUAUGUUAUAUACUUCUGUUGUAUAUCGUACAACAAGGGUUUUAAAGACUAUUAUGUUUAAAUAAUAUAGUGAGUCUACAAAUAGCCAGUCUUAUAAGAAAAUUGUAGUAUAAUAAUAUUGCAUAGUUUUUAUUUUUGUUACAAUACAUAGUAAGAUAAAUAUUUAGCAUCUUUUCGAUACUCUAUUUAAGGAACAUCGAUAUAUUAAUUUCAGAUAUAUCUUCCUGUAUAAUAAAUGUUUUGAUAUUUA